AUGAGACGCACUGCGAGUCUGCUGGUGAUGGUGAUGAGCUUCGUCCUCUUCGACUUUACAAAAUAUGUUUGGACGCUGCAGGGUCCCAGCACAGUUUCCAUGGAGUCCGUUGACAUGAGACACGUACUGAAGUGGCGCCCCCUGCAGGCCCCCUGCAGCACUGCAGUCCUGUACUCGGUGCAGUUCCAGGGGGAGUUCGAGCUGAUGGUCCUGAACGGCAGCUGGGUGGACGCUCCCGACUGUCAGCUGACUCCUCACGCUCACUGCGACCUGACCUUUGACCUCGGCUCCGACUCCGACUACAACCUGCACGUCAGAGCGCAGUGCGGCUCUCUGACGUCGCCCUGGAGCCAACUCAGCCCAGCGUUCAACCGCAGAGACACGGUCCUGACGGCGCCGGAGAUGGCGGUGACGGCGCUGGGCGACUCUCUUCAGGUGUCGUUCAACAAGCUUCCUCUCACUGCUGUCGUCAGCGUGACGGUGUGGAAGAGAGGCGACGAGCUGCAGGCUGCUGUGUACUUAAUGGCAGCUGAGCAGGCGAUGCUGCUCGUCCCCGCCCUGCAGGAGGGAGCGGUGUACUGCGUCCGAGCUCAGACCGUCCUGGACACGGAGCUGCAGAGCAGCAGCACCGACUCCCGGUGCGUCUCCAUCACAGGUCCAGACGCCGCCUGGAAGAAGCCGACCGCGGUGACGGUGACCGUCAUUGCCAUGGCCGGCUUCGUGUUCGCCGUCUUCUGGUCCGUCGUUCACUGCCGACCAGAUGCCUGUCAGACGUAUUUCCAUAAAGAGCCCCUGCCCCCCUCACUGAAACCUGAUUGGGACAUCCAAAUCCAGAUGAGCCCCGAGGAGGCGGAGCUUUGUGAGCCGAUCCACGUGAGCGCCGACCCCGAACACUGA